CGUUUACAGCUGCUGUUUACGACGAGCGUAAAAAGUUACCGUUUUUUGACGUAUUUAGUUGGUGAACGGCCGUUUGCUGCCGAGCGUCAUUGACCUGGGUGAGAUUCUGUUAUAGAGAAUCAAGCAUUAUUAGCAGCACUUCAAGAAUCCAAAUUUGGUAAAAGUUUAACCAAUAAUGAUCGUCAAGCAGCAGCUGAUCUUUUAACAUCAAUAUUAGAUGACGAAUUUUUAUUUAUGAUACACUUUCAUUAUGAUUUACACGAAUGUGUAUUAGGUGAGAUAAUUUCUAUUGUUUCUUGCGAUUAUUUUAUUUCAAUUAUAGGUGAUUUAACAAAAAUCGUUCAGAACGAUGAUUUACCAUAUUUUACUUUUAUGAACAUAUUAAAUGAAAAACAAAUUAUUUUAAACAAUUGGUUGUUGCAAAAAAAAGAAUUACAACCUGUUCUUGGUCCAUCAUUAACCGAAUACGUCAACCACAUGAAGAAGAACAAUUCUUAUGGUGCUUUUUCAAUUGCUGCAACUGAUCGUUUAAAAAUGUAUAGUGAGUGUUUCACUCAUAUUAGUCAAUUAUUAUUAGAAAUAGAUCAGAGAUUUAAACCGUCAAAAGUUCAACAAUCAUUUGCUGUUUUAUUCGAACCUGAUUAUCUGAUUCAAAACAAAGAUCAAGUUUCUAAAUCUAAUUAUGGUCGUCAAGAACUCGAAUAUCUUUUGUACAAAUAUAAAAAUCUUACUGGUUUUAAUGUGUCUCAAUGUCGAAAUGAAUGGGAAAUUAUAAAAAUAUCAUUAAGUGAAUUUGUAUCAAAUAAUCAACAGCAAAAUUCGAGAAGAAAAUUUUGGAAAUCGUUUAUAAUGUGGAAAGAAGCUAUUGAUUACUCCUUUCGUGAACGGCACAAAAAUCUUUUAAUACUAUUAUCUAUUUAUUUAAUAUCACCAAUUAAUUCCUGUGAAUGUGAACGUGGAUAUUCAGUCUCUAAUCGUAUUCAAACAAAUGGUCGUUCAAAAAUAAUGAUCAAUACUCUUGAUGUGUUAAUGAAUGUAAGAUUACUUUUUCCACAUGAUUUACGAAGUGAUCAAUGUCGGAAUAUUAUUGAACGAGCUUAUAAAUCGUGGAGUGGACGAGAUGAAAAUCGUCGAAUUAAUCGCGCAAAAUUAAUUGUUGAUGUACCUGAUGAUUAUAUUGCAGUAAAACAAAAACGUUCUGCUGGUAAACAAAAACGACACCUUACAACAACUAAUGAUUGUCCAAUUAAACCGACAAAACAAAAAACUAAAGCUAUUAAAUGCGCCAAUGGUUGUGGUAAGUGUAUUGCUGAUAAUGAUCCAACAGAAAUACAUGCAAUUCAAUGUUGUCAUCAAAACGAGUAUUAUGAUUGGGUUGAAGAUAACUGUUCUCGAUGGUUAUGUAAUACUUGUCGUAUUAAAUUAGGAAUUUCAACUGAAUCAACUACAUGGUUUUGCGAAGAUUGCAUCGACAUGCAUGAAGAAGAAGAAGAAGAAGAACAAUAG